AAAGUUGUAAUAUUUUUUAUUUGACAGACGUUCAAUUUUUGGAGGAUAAUUAUAAUAAAUAAAUAAAUAAAGUAUUUUUAUAAUUAAUAAUUCAAAAAAUUAGACACAACUCAAGGAUUGAAAUUAGAAAUUAUUUAUUGAUAUUUAAAAUAAAAAAAUACAAAAAUGGGAGAACGUAAAGGAACAAAUUUAUAUUACCCACCGGAUUAUGAUCCGCGUGUGGGUGGACUCAAUAAAUUCAUGGGUACCCAUGCACUACGUGAGCGUGCCCGUAAAUUACACAUGGGGAUACUUAUUAUCCGAUUUGAAAUGCCAUUUAAUAUAUGGUGUAAUGGAUGUAAUAAUCACAUUGGUAUGGGAGUGCGUUACAAUGCUGAGAAAAAAAAAAUUGGAAUGUACUACAGCACUCCGCUCUAUCAAUUUCGUAUGAAAUGUCACUUGUGCGACAAUCAUUUUGAAAUAAAAACUGAUCCAGCUAAUUUGACUUAUAUAGUAGAAAGUGGAGCACGUCGUCAAGAAAAUCGUUGGGAUCCAACAGAAAAUGAACAAGUUGUACCAGAAGAAAAAGAAGUGUCAAGAAGACUCUAUGAUGACCCGAUGUUUAAAUUGGAACACUCCAUGGAUGAUAAAAAGAAAGCUAAAUCAAAGGAUACGACGUUGGGUAGCUUAAUUGCUAAUAAUGAACAAUUUAAAGACGAUUAUGCAUUAAAUUCAUCACUACGCGCAGCAUUUAGAGAAAAAAAAAAAGAAUUACAAGAACGUAAAAGUUUAUCAUCUAAACUGGGUUUAGUGCAGGUUAAUUUAGUUGAUGAGCAUGACGAAGAUAUCAGAUUAGCAAAAUUACUGAUGCACAAUAAAAAAAGUGAUAGUAAAAAAAAAUCAAUUUAUUCUCCAUUAAAAAAACUCGUGAAUUCAAGUCAUGUUCAUAAAAUAAAAAAACACAUGGCACCGUCGGCGACUGCUUCAAGUCUCGUUAAAAAACAUAAAAAUCAACGUAAUCAGGACAAAGUAUCGUCCUCGUCUUCUACUAAUAAUUUAACCGCAAGUACUUCACUAGUUAAUUACGAUUCAUCUUCCAGUUCUGACAACACGUAAUUUUUUUUAAUAUAGAAAUUAUAUUUUAUUUAUAAUACUUUUUACAAUAAAAAAUUGUACUCAGUAAUCUGAGAUUAACAUCAUUAACAAUUAAUUAUUUAUUAAUAAUAAUAUAUAUAUAAAAAUCACUAUUAUACUUAUUUAUAAAAAAAUUUAUAGUAAUGGUAUAACAAUUAUUUUUUUUUAAUUACUAUUCGUUAAUUCAAAUUUUUCAACGCUGGUUUUUUGAAUUUCUUCAGACUUAUAUUGUAAAUAAAUUAACAAAUUUAUUAGGUCGAUAUUUUAAAUUAAAAUGUAAAAAAUUAUUUGACUUUAUUUCGAAUAAUAA